GAGCGAGCCAUGCAGCACUCGUUAGGACCGUCGCUUCUCCGUGAACGCGGGGUCUCGAUGGCUGAGAGAGUGGGAGACUGAGUGACCGGACGAUGAGGUCGACGACUCUCGAGACACGUGUCACUUCCAUCCCUGUAAAUGCUUCAAUCGAUUCACAAAAGAGAGAGAGAGAAAAAGAGAGAGAGAGACCCAUGCAUGCUUCAGAGUCUCGAGGACUGAGUGACCGGAUGAUGAGGUAGACGACUCCCGACAUACGUGUCAUUACCAUCCCUGUACAUGCUUCAAUGGAUUGAGGCGAGAGAGAGAGAGAGAGAGAGAGAGAGAGAGAGAGAGAGAGAGAGAGAGAGAGAGAGAGAGAGAGAGAGAGAGAGAGUGGGCGGACUUUUGUGAUCUGCUUCUGCGGGUGUGACGGUCAAGAAAGACAGAUGGCUUUCAGCUAUUCUGUGCUGACGCAGCCGACGGAGGCUGAGGCUACACUGGAAGAGGGAGGUAAUGGGCGCGAGAGAGACCAUCAUCUUCUACCGCCUGUUCACGUCGGUGGGGAAGCACGAUACGUCAUUCAGGGGAUGAGUGCUUCGGGAGGAGAUGUGCUCCCGACUUACCGUGCUGUGUCUUCCUCGGAUGGCAAGAAGGUCCUACUGAGAGUAUUUAUACCCGAGUGCAAACUUUCUCGAUCCGAGGAAGCAGAUCUAUUGGAAAAAAUGAAGAAGGUGUUCGGCUCGUUGAAUAGCUCAGUCGUUCCGUCCUUCGUUGAUUGCUUUGCCGACGAUACGCCAGAGGGACCGCGGAGGAUAUUCAUUGUUCACGAAGAGCCUCCUGGCGAGUCGCUGGAAGAGCUGGUGGCGAAAGGGUGGUUGUUCUCGGAGGAGGAGGUCGUCGGGAUCGCUGUCGAGACGCUGCAGGUGCUGCCGUACCUCGAUCAGCAUCGAAAGCGCUUGAACCGGAUAUCUGAGAAGCUGCUCAAUGCUCGGUCGCCACGUCAGCAAGAAUGGGAAAUCGAAUCACUAAUUAGUCAAUCUAACAUCUGCUCAGGCAACAUUAUCGUGGAUGUGGAGAGAGCGCGGGUGGGAGGGUUAUCCUGGGUAGGGCAUGUCAAGCUGCUGCCGGGACUCGGCGUGCCUUGGACGGCGGGGCCUCCACGAGGCGCGUCCGCGGUGACGUGGCAAGCCGCUGGCAAUAAUACUUGUGACGUGGCUCGCUCUCCUCCUCUUACAUCUGCGGACCCGCAGCUCGAGCGGCAGAGAGCAAUUGCUCAGUCGGAUUUCUUCGCUCUUGGAUUGACAGCUGUCCACGUGGCCACAGGAGAGCCGCCGUCGCUGACGAUUCGAGACCUGCAGUUUCGGAAUCGGGUCCGUCUUCGCGACCACGUGCAGAUGACCGAUCGUUUGGCGCAGACGCUGGAGCGGCUGCUCCUCUUCCACUACGUGCCCGGUAGCAGCUAUGGCUUCCAUCACGUGAAUGACGUCAUCCACGCUCUGCGAGGCAGCUGGACUGCCCUACCCGACCUCCUACCUCCCAGCUCGACGCCUGAUGAGCCCGCUUGUCGACCGGGGCCUGGCUCUAGAACACCAGUGUCGUCCACGUGGCGAGACCCCGUCUCCACGUCUCCGUCCCCCGAUCCCGACCAGGUGGAGUUGCUGGUCAUGAGGGGUUCGCAAUCAAGCGUAGAUCAUGGUGACGUCAGCAAGCCAGAGAGUUUGCCAGCUCAGCAUCGCGUACGUGUGAAUCUCGGUCCCACAGGAUACGAACCACUAUCAUCAUUGCUCCCAAGGACGGACCCAACGAAGGUGGCAAUCUCGACAUUCAGCCCGCGCAAGCCCAAAGGAUCAGCGGUUGUGAUCUCAUCGGACGGUAGAGAGAUCAGCAUAGACAUUCCUCCCAGCUUAUCGAGCCGCGAAUUUCGCGAGAACGUCCAGCUCUUCCUCCUUUGCGGCGCUAUCAUUCACCCUGUCAUUUUUCCCGUUUUUUUUUUAAAUGACAAACGUCGUUUGUGGUGGUUAUUACUGUUUCCCGCUUUCCAUCUUUUGUGGGGUUUAUUUCUGCUCCUGGGUUGCGACGCAUCACGUAGCAUGAGCGUGAAGAUGGUCGGCGGCGGAGCAUACACCAUCGCCACGACGAUCCCCGACUCCGAACCCCAAAUAGAAGCAGAAGGACAAGUCGGGAACAUUCGAGAAGUAAGGGUGAGGUUCAAAAUGUCGUCUAUUGACGGCGACCAGUACGUAUCCGGUGUAGAAGGGUGUGAGGUGAUAGAGAUUGGGGGCAGAAGGCAGCGAUUUGGGGAAAGCAUGGAUACGGUUUUAGACCACGGCGGAAAACUGUGGUUGGUGGGGGAGAUCAACGCGUUUCUUCGCAAACAGAGGUAGGAAAAGUAGGUGUAAGGGGAGAUUGGGGAUGGGGUCGAAAGAGCACACCAGCUGCAGCUGCCAGCUGCCAGCACAUCCCCGAAUGGAAUCGAAAUGGGAUUGCUGCAGUCAGAUUUGCCCUGAGAAGUCGAAGGUUGUUUGCCUGUUAGCAUUCAGACAAUUCUUUUCUUCUUUGUUUCCGCUUCCACUUCCACUUCAACUUCUACUUCAACUUCUACUUCUUCUUCUGCUUCUUCUUAGAACUGUACAUGCGGAGAAGAAAUGUAAAUCUGUUGGUGCGUGUGCGAGAAGCAGUCUAUGGCCACUGUUUUCACUAUUCUUCUUCCUUCCCUUUCUUUCGAAAGGAGAAGUCGUAGCAUGUCGAAGCCUGUCUGUCCUGUUUUCACCAGAUCGUCCGACGUACCCAGCGCCGGGGUAUUACCCUGUAAGCUGGGUCAGGGGCUUGCGGCUACGGGAUAUGCCGAGGGAGGAAGGCAUUCCUGUCCGUUAGAACUAGGUUAGUCGCACUGGGGACAUUUAUGGUGCCCUGUUACCCUAGCAGAAGGGGGUAUGACAUCGAGUUCUAGUACGAGGAGUAAAAGUCUAGACCUGCG